AUGUCGAAGCGGCACAGAUCCGAUGACGACGGCGGCGAGCUCGAGUCCAGGCGGCCACACUCGCGCCACCGCCGCCGCCGGCGACGGCGGCAUCUCUACGUCGUGCUGGACGACUGGUCCAAGGGGUACAGCGUCUACAAGGUGGACGUCGACGGGUUCGACGGCGACCCCGACGCCGACCUGGACGACGAGGCCGUGCGCCUCCCCGAGCCGCCGGUGUUCCGGCUGGAGACCGCCGACUACGGCCGUUUCGGGAUCUUCGUGGCGGUGGGAAGCAGAAUCUUUGCCACUCACUACAGCGAGGACACGAACGCGCGCGCUCCCGUGCUCAUGUUCGACACGGUGACCGGUGGCCUCGCCGUCUGCCCCGGCGUCCCGGCCGAGCUGUGUAACCAGCCCAUGAUCUUCCCCGCCGGCGACAAGGUGUACGCCAUGGGCAGGAGCAAGAUCAAGAUGGACGCUAGGGGAGAGUCGCGGAAGUACUUGGAGGAGCUCGCGGCCGACGGCGAGGGCAGCUGGGCCUGGAGCAGCAGCGUCGACGACCGCGCGCCGCCGCCGCCGUUCGACGUCGAGCGGGCCCGAUGCCACGCGGCGCACCCGGACGGCCGCACCGUCUUCUUCUCCGCCCACGGCGAUGGCACCUACUCGUUCGACGCCGGGACGCGCGGGUGGACGCGCCACGGCGAGUGGAUGCUGCCGUUCGACGGGCAGGCCUACUACGACGGCGAGCUGGACGCGUGGGUGGGGCUCUGGAGCGGCCACUCGGGCCGCCGCGGGCGCGUCUGCUCCUGCGACGUGGUGGAUCCCCGCGGCGGCGGCGGCGGCGAGCAGCCACCGCCGGCGUGGAAGCUCGCCGUGAGGAGCCACCCGGCGUGGCGCGCCAGGUCGAGGUUCUUGAGCGUGGCGCUGGCGCGCAUGGGCGGCGGCGAGUUCUGCGUGGUGGAGUGGAGGUCGCGGAGGGGCGUGAGCGAGGAGGAGCUCCACGAGCGGUGCCUGCUGUACGCGACCACGUUCCGGCUCCGGUACGACAGGGACGGGUCGCUGGAGGCCACGGAUCGCCGCGCGCGCGCCUUCACCGCGCGCAAGAAAUCGGACGAGUUCGAAUGGUGCGCGUUUGGGAUCUGAUCGUCUAUCUGAACAUCGAGCGCGCGCGGUGUCUGACUUGAAAUUUGCGUUGAAGAUCGUGUUUGAAUCCAAAGCACAUUUUUAACUCUCAUAUAAUUCAUUUUAGACUUAAUCCAGACCAUGGAACAACUCAAAACAACGUUACCUAAUGUAGUAUAAAACCUUACGUUUGACUUGUUAUUAGCUCUCCGUCCCAAAAUAAGUUUAUUAAGUUUAUUUUUCAUGCAUCCCAUACAUACAAAUAGAACACCUACAAUAUUAUAAUACCACUUUAUUAAAUCCUCUUUAUCUACUCUCAAUACUCCCUCCGUCCCAAAAAAAAAGAUAAACCCUAAUUUCCGUGUUCAACGUUUGACCGUCCGUCUUAUUUGAAAAAAUUAUGAAAAAAAAUAAAAAAAAAACAAGUCACGCAUAAAAUAU